AUCAGACCGUUGCUUUCCACAUCAGAGGGCCGAGACCUUCUGAAGCUCAUAUUGGCGGAGCAAGUUCUAUAACAUGUUCAGUUGUCGCGCCUGAGGAGGAUAGUUCCUUCAGAAUGUUAAUUAACGGAAUAGGAUAUGAUAACCUGAUCGGACCUUCUGUCGCGGCAUGGGAAGGAGCCGGUUUCUAUAGAGAUGUCUGGAGACACGAUAAUGACCCUCAAAAUGUAACCGUUGAAACUUACAUAGCAGGGUUUAUUGAUUCGUUCAGAGCAGGUCACAAUAAUACCAAUAUCACGUGUUAUUCUGAGAAAUACUCUGGUCGUAUUGAGAUGGAUAUUGUGUUCCCAAAUAACAAUACAGAUGACAGUACAGAUGACAGUACAGACCCAAAUCAGAACGUUAACUUCCACAUCAGAGGGCCGGCACCUUCUGAAGCUCAUAUCGGCGGAGCAAGUUCUAUAACAUGUUCAGUUGUCGCACCUGAGGAAGAUAGUUCCUUCAGAAUGUUAGUUAACGGAAUAGGAUAUGAUAUGCUGACCACGCCCUCUGUCGCGGCAUGGACAGAAGCCGGUUUCCAAAGAUGGGUCUGGAAAAACGAUAAUGACCCUCAAAAUGUAACCGUUGAAACUUACAUAGCAGGGUUUAUUGAUUCGUUCAGAGCAGGUCACAAUAAUACCAAUAUCACGUGUUAUUCUGAGAAAUACUCUGGUCGUAUUGAGAUGGAUAUUGUGUUCCCAAAUAACAAUACAGAUGACAGUACAGAUGACAGUACAGAUACCGGAGAUAACGAGAUGGACCAGUACCUUGAGAGUGAUGAUUUCUGGGAAACACCCAAAUCUGACAGGAAAUGUCCACCUGGACACAUGGUCGGAGAUGGUGAUCAAUGCGUCGAGUGCCCACUUGGAUGCUACAAUUUUGACGGUGCCAGAGUUGACGAUUGUUUCAAAUGUCCAAUUGGCACAUUUGCGAACGAAACUGGAAUGACAGGGUGUAAUGAUUGUGAGAGCUGGGACGAAAAUAGACGAGGACCAUUUACAACUACCGCUAAUGGUGCUGACUCCUCUUCCCAGUGUGUUCGACCUGACGAGGUUGUCGGCGAUUUCGUUCGAGCAACAGUAGGAUUUAAAGUACAAGUAAAAGGUGGUGAUUUCUGUACAAACAUCAAAAGAGCUCUCUGGGGUAUCUCUAAAGUUGCUCCCUUCGAUGGACAUUUCUACCAGUGCGAUCACGCUGCAGGUGAUGAUGUUACCUCCAUGGCCUUUGAGAUGAACUUGCCCACCGAGUUUGCCUGGGAAUUCUGGAAAAUCCUCGACAUGGUUGAUACACAUCGAGGUGUGGGGAAUGCGUACAUCAAGUUGGGACGCCCUUAUCUGAACAAAAUCAAAGAGUUUGUGGGAGGCCAUAGUAGUCUUAACACACUUGACAUGGACCUGGAUGUCGAUAUGAUGAAUAUAGACGAUAUUGAGUUGGUGGAAUUCGAACCUUACUUCAAGGGUGACUGUCCAAUCGCUGGAGAUAACAGUCAGUUUUGUGAUGCAGUUGCUGGAACUGUUGCAGCUACUGCCACUGUGCAGAGGUAUUACCUCAGGUUCACAGUCCCAUCUUCCGUUGAUUGCGGAACUAAUGCUGGUUACGUACGGGUCAGGAACGCUAUUGAGCGAAGUGACGAACGAAAGUUGCCGUGUCUCACAAGGGCAUCUGAAAAGUGUGAACUAAACUUGUUGAGCUGCGAAGGAGGAAGAGUUCUCGUGGCUUUCGUCAAUACCUUCACCAAAGCAGAAAAUUCUCUUUCAUUUGAUGACUUUCAGAGUUUGGAUGGAAUGAUGAACUUCGCCGAUGAUAACAUACAAUUCAGCUUACAAAAUAUGUUUGACGGCUGUGGAGAUAUGGGGGUGAGCUUUGCAGAUGUCAGCAAAGUAUGCACCGCCUGUGUACCGGGAUCUUUCUUGAACGACAAAGGAAUGUGCGAGAAAUGUCCCUUCGGGUCUUGGGGAGAAGAUGGGAAGAAGUGCAACUCUUGUGGCUGGAGAAAACCUACUCCAUUCUGGGGUAUGGAAAAAGAUUACUGCAUGGAGAAAGAUAACUAUUGGAAGCUUGAUGAUAAGAGUGAUAGAGAUGUUGAGAGACUAAGAGAUAUAUUGGGAGAAAACAGAUUCGAUCUGUCCAUUACCCCUGAGAUGAACAUGUGCGGAGUCGCACAGGCAGUAAAGGCUUUGAGGGAAACUUGUGCGGAUAAUUCCUUGGAAACUAUAUGGGACGAUGACUUAGAUUUUGACGGCCUGAAAAUCCAAAACAUAAUCUGCAUGGGUUCUGCCAAUAUCAAAAAGGGAUUUAAUGAGCUGUGUGGAUCUGAUUGGGAUAAGUCUUGGGACGAUAUCUUCAAUAGUAUAAUGGACGAUGAUGAUGAUAAAGAUGACGAUGAAGAUGACGAUGAAGAUGGCGAACCAAUCGUAGAUGUCAUUUGCUACGUUUUCAAAAAAGUUAAUGAUCUUGAUGAAGCGGACCUUAGCAACGACUGUGCAAACUUGGAUCAAUCCCAAUAUAUGAUGCGUAUGGCUGCAAAUUUCGAUGGCAAAAUGAAUGCUGAAACAUCAGCAAUUCUCAUACCCAUACUGACUAGACUGGGCAAUCUGGAAACCAUGAAUUUUGAAUCCUUUGUUGAAGCUGGCAUUGCUAUGAUGGACACCAUGGGUAUUGAGGAUAUGAACGCAUUCACUGGAUGGAGUGUGGCAAACAACCUUAAAGAUCUUGCUUUUGAAGUCCCUGCAGGUUUCAGAAUGGCAGAGUUCGAUUUUCAAUCUGCAGUUGCUCUUGACGAAUUUUUCUGUGCCAACGGAAAUGUGAAGAGGAAGUGUGAAGGUUAUUGCGACUGGAACAGAUGUAAAAUGCAGAGUUCUAUCAAAGAGAAAAACCCUCAAUGCAGCCGGGACGAAUGCAACAACUGUGAGGCUAAUUGGUUCUACAUGGAAAGUGAUGCUAAGGUGGCAUUCCAGUGUGAUACCUGCUCCUUCCCUGACAGCAUAACCGACGGAAAGUUAGUCCAAGUCAGUUAUGACAAUGUGAACGCCGAGUACCGCUGUAAUGAAGGAUUCGUUUCAGAGAGAUGCUCAACUUGGGCUUCCUGCGAGUGGGAGAGUGCCGAUAAAAACAUUAACUUCCCAACCUGUGUUGAGGAUGAGUGCGAUUGGCCUGAAAGUGAUAUAUUUCAGAAAUGGUACGACUGGAGGAGUUCGAAAGAUGGCGGAUCUUGUCCUUACACUGUAUACAAGUGUAACGAUGGCUUCAUGGCAGCUCACUACAACAGGAGGGUUGAAUGCAAUCCUAGCGAUGGUUUCAGAAUAGAUAACAACAUUGAAUGUAUUGCUCGAUGUUCUUUCCCUGACGAUAUCGAUAAUGGACAGAAAGUAAAGGAAGGUCGCCAAGACGAUGGAAGCUACUGGUCACAAUACAAGUGUAAUGAUGGGUUCUAUCUGAGAGACACGGACUGGGGUUACUGUGAGACCCAUGAGAUGGACGGUGCACGAGUAGCUGUCGCUAAAGUUUCCCGUUGCGCUCUUGGUGAUACUUGUACUUUCCCUGAUGAAAUUAAUGGAGCUCGUAAAGAAGAUGAGUAUUUGGACCAGGAAAAAGGAACGAAAGGUGCUCGGUAUGAGUGUCCUGAUAACAUGGAAAUGGAGGGUAACUCUUGGUUAAGUUGCAAAAAAGAUGAUCCAACACAAGUGGAAACGAACAACAUCCAGUGCUAUGAGUCUAAGAGCUGCGCCUUCCCUGACGCGAUACCCGGAGGAAAGAAAAUGGAAGAAUACAUAAACGAUGCCAGAUACGAAUGUGAGGCAGGGUAUAUGAUGCAGGGAGGUGACUGGGCAAUGUGUGAUCGGAAAAAUGGAACGAUCUCCUACAUGCCUAAGUGUGAACAACCAGAUAAUUGUCACCUACCCGACUGGAUUGACAACGGAUACCGAGCUGAGAAAAAAUACAACACGGCAAGAUACGAGUGUGAUGGAGGGUGGUCCUUGCCUGCUAGCAUCCGAGAAAGAGGAGGUUGGGUCGAAUGUGAAGGAGGUGAAACUAAACCUGAACAUCCUCACUGUAUGGAGCAAGAAGAUGACUGUGAUCUCCCAGACAGCAUUGAUAACGGCCACCGAGCUGAAAAAGAACACAAUAAAGCAAGAUACGAGUGUAACAUUGAAUCUGGUUGGAAGCUGCCAAAAAAACUCAGGGAAGUUGGCGGCUGGGCAGUGUGCAACGGUGAUAUCGUAUCCCCGGAACAACCUAAAUGUAAUAUAUUCGAUUGUACAUUUGAUGAUAUCCCGGAUGGUGUCAAGGAAAAAAAAGGCGACAUGGGAAUGAAGCAAUGGUACAGGUGCAAUGAUGGAUACAGGAUGGUUGAUGAUCACAACGAGGCAAGGUGCAAUGUUGACGGUAAUGUAAAGUAUCCACAGUGUAUUCAGAAAAGUGGUGUAAUGUGCGAUUUCAGCGAUGUGGUUAUUGAUAACGGUAGCAUCAACGAAGAAGAUAGGAAUGAUUAUAGUAUCAAAGUAGAAUGUGAUGAAGGAUACCGUGCUUAUGAUGGUAAAGACAGAAUGUACUGCGGUGUGAAUGGAGCGAUAACAUUCAAACCAGACUGUGAGAGAUUCCAGGUCUGUACUUACAUGGAAAAAAUUCCUAAUGGAUACCGAACUACAGAUCAACAUGACGGAGGCGUCAGGUAUGAGUGUGAUUCUGGGAGCAAGUUUGAAGGAAGCGACUGGGCAACAUGUGAUACUAAUACCGGUACAAUCACUUACCAGCCAGUCUGUGUAAAAGACGCAGCCGCUGAUAGUUGUUCUCUUCCCGAAAAAAUUGACAACGGUUACCUAGCUGAGAAGAAUCAGAAUAUGGCAAGAUACGAGUGUACUGAAGAGUGGUCCUUGCCUGCUAGCAUCCAAGAAAAAGGAGGGUGGGUGUGGUGUGAAGGAAGUGAAAUUAAACCUGAACAUCCUCAUUGUACUCAAGAUAGUUGUUCUCUUCCCGAAAAAAUUGACAACGGUUACCUAGCUGAGAAGAAUAAUAACAUGGUAAGAUACGAGUGUACUGAAGAGUGGUCCUUGCCUGCUAGCAUCCAAGAAAAAGGAGGGUGGGUGUGGUGUGAAGGAAGUGAAAUUAAACCUGAACAUCCUCAUUGUACUCAAGAGAGCAAUGAAUGUCGCUUCCCUGAUGUCAUAUCCGGAGGCCGCAAAUUAUUGGAGGGAGAUUCUGAUGGCUCAAAAUACGCGGCGUACAUGUGUUAUCCACCUUUCGUCAUGACUCCAAACCAAAAGGUAUUCAUGUCAUUAAUUAGUGAUCAAGGCAAGUCAGCCGAUGAAGCUUACAUGAGCGUGGCUAAUAUAGCGGGUUGUUAUAUGGGAAAUGUCAUGCUACCUACAUGUGCACUCCCGGAAAAAAUGAAACAUUGUGGCAUCCCCACUUAUAUAGAAAAUGGAAAAGCAGUUGAAUUAAGAUUGAGGGAUGAUUAUGACAAGGAGGGCGAUAAAUCAGAUGAAGAGAUCAUAGCCAAGAAGGAGGGUGAGGAAGACAUGGAUGAGGAAUAUAAAAACAUGUUAGAGAUGAUGCCAGUGAAAGCCAGAUACGAAUGUUAUGAGGGUCAUAUGAUGCACAAGACGUGGGAUUGGAACAACUCCAAAGACUUUACAAGUGAAUGGGGUUGGUGUAGAAAGGAUGGUUCUUAUGAAGUACCACGUUGCGAACCCAGAACCACCUACAGUCAGCUAGAGUUCAAAUUACACGUUGGCGAAGAGAAGAAGUUGAUAGAUAGCAAUGACCGAGUGUUUGCUGGUAUUGUGCUGGCAAGGGAGACUUUUGGAAUUGAGACUGAUAAAGAAGGAAAGUGGCAGUUUGGAUGUAACGACGGUUUCAACAACAACGCUGCUGGAGCUAUCUGCAGGACUCUGGGUUUCAAACACGGAGCUCAAAUCCCUACAAGUAAAAAGAUGAAAGUUAUGCCAUACCAACCUGAAGAAAUGCCAGGAUUCGGAUGGACUGGUUUUAACUGCGACUUUGAUGACACAUUACCCAAAAGUUCGAGUUGCCGAGCUAUACCAAUGGACGAUGCUAUGGAGAUGAGCGGAAUGAAUGCUCAAUGUUUCGAUUUUGACAGGAUUGCUGUCAAAUGUUUCGACAGUGCAAUGCUCAACGUAACCGUAUCGCUGACUUAUUCCAACAAAAAGAUUACCUGCAGAGCUAAGGCUAACAAAGAGCGAAACGACAUAAACUUAGGCGCAAUGAAGGGGAUAGAAGCCAAGUUCAUGAUGGACGAAACCGAGCUGAACGAAAAACAAUCCUUCAACAAGAAGAAGGGAUUCACUAUGAAGGUCGCGAAUCUCAAAGGUCAAGACUUCAAUUGCAUAAGUUGUGAGAUCCACGUUCGUGGCAUGAUGUUGGGCAAAGCAGAACGUUGCAGAGAUAAUUAGAUGCGACACUUUCAAAACUUUGCUCUUCGAUGAGAAUUAAGUAGUUUAUUUAAGUUGUAGUUGUACACCUAAGAUGAACAGUCAAAAAGUUUAGCAGCAUUCAAAUUGACCUGCGGUUAUUAAAUUAUUUGCAUAUUUAUUCAGAAUCUAUUGUUAGUUGUAGUUGUAACUUGAAUUUCUUAAAGUAGACAUUUUCAUGCAACAAGACAUAGAAGUAAAUUUUUAAAAAAGUUUUAUUGCUUCUAGUAUUUGAAAUCUUCAAUAUCAGCGUUUCCAGUUUCCGUAGUCAAUAUUUAGAGUUCUUUAAGACUAAUUGAUAAUCAAGACUUAACUUGUAUAUUUUCCGAUCAUUAAAAAGUAAUUUAUUCUGUGUUCUGACUUCAUUGUAUUA